AUGGAAGAGAAAUUUUUGACGACACGAAUCGCCAUUAAAUUUUUUAGCAUUAGAAAGAAUGGUGUUGAAGUGAUAACUGGUUUUUUUUGGACCAUAACCUACCAUAAUAUGAACAGUUUUCUUCAAGUUCAAGAACUUAUGGACAAAAGGCGAUUGAUUAUCGCUAAAUAUUCGGAAUUUUUCAACGUCAGCUCGCAUCAUCCACUCGAAAAAGUUCCCACUGAAGCUGCGGCAAGUGCGCUCCAUAAUUUCCUCCAAACAGCAGUGAGCGCCAUCAUAUUGAUGACAUUGCUCGUAAUUGUCUUUGUAACCGAUUUCGGAGCCGUUAUCUCUGUCGUACUUUCAAUAUUAUCAAUAUGUAUUGGUACUGUUGGAUAUCUUCAUCUGUGGGGAAUUAGAAUUGAUGGCAUAUCUCUAAUCAGCAUGCUGAUGAGUAUUGGCUUUUCUGUUGAUUAUAGUGCACAUAUUUGCUAUCAUUUUUUUACAGAUGAGGUUUGUUCGUUUGAAAUUUAA